AAAAAAUUAAAAAAAAUCAAAAUCUUUUUGCAUGACUCAAGGAAAGAAUAAGAAAUUAGGAAAGAAGAAGGGAUAAAAGAAAACCAUCGACCCAUUGGCAAGAAAGGAAUGGUUUGAAUUAACAGCCCCAGUCCCCUUCAGCGCUGGUGGAUUUGGCUAUACUUGCAUCAAUAAAUCUGCAGGAACAGUCGUGGCCACUGAAGCCAUCAAAGGACGUGUGGUUGAAGCAUCCUUGGCUGAUCUUCAAGGGCAAUCAGAUCAAAUGGCAUGGAGAAAAGUCAAAUUAAUUAUUGAUGAUGUUGAAGGCACAAGAUGCAGAACUUCUUUCUAUGGCCUUGAUUCAACAAAGGAUAAGAUCUUUGGAAUGAUUAAAAAGCGAUAAACUUUGAUUGAGACUUAAGUUGAAGCCAGAUCAUCAGAUGGAUAUAUCUUAAGAAUCUUUAUCAUUGCAUUCACCAAGAGCAUCAAAAAUCAAUAAAGAAAAACCACAUAUGCUUAAAGAAGUCAAAUCAAGGACAUCAGAAAGAAGAUUUCUGAGAUCGUUCUCAGAGAGGUCUCCAAGAAAAGCAUCACCACAUUACUUGGUUUCUUCAAUCAAGAAAUCCUUUCAAAGGAAAUCGCAAAGGCCACAAGAACUAUCUUCCCACUCUAAAACAUUACAUUAAGAAAAGUGAAGUUGGUUAAGAGACCCAAGGUUGAUGCUCAAAAAUUGAGAGAAUUCUAUGAAGAUGCCAACAGAAACAAAGCUCAAGUCAGAAGACACGGUCAAGCUGAAGACUAAAGCGCUUUAAAUCUUAUCAAAUAAGGACAAAUCGACAAGGAAGUCACCUAAUAACCAUAAGAAUGAUGAAUUUAUUACAGUAUAAACAAAAUAGUACAUAUAUUAAUAUAAGAGAGAA